CAUUUGUGAAACAUGAAAACAGAAUUCAGAACUGGGAAACCUGGGGGUGGUGGUUAGGGAGACACAUAGGGGAGACAUCAGAACAAUACACAUACAGUACCUUAUAAAACCCGCCUUUCUUUUUUAUCGCCUAAACAAGCAUUUAUUAGUUUUUGUUCCUUUUUAUUAUACAGUUUUUUCAUCCAAUCGUUUGAGAAGGGUGCUGAGAAGUUUAUAAGUGUAGUUUUGCAUAAAAAAGCACACGUGAUCCAAGAAUGAAAGGACAGCAAGUAUUUCAUCUACUUUUCCAAGGUGUUCUGCUGUAUGAGACUUUGGCAUGGGAAGUGAGAAUGCCAACAGAAAUUCAUGGCCUCAGAGGUUCCUGUCUGGUUAUACCGUGCUCUUACUCUUACACUUCAAACCCACCAACUAACCCACGUAGAGUUGUGUGGUAUCAGUGGGUGUCGAAAGGCUUCCCUUUAGUUUAUGAUCCCUUGAAUCCAGACAGUGUCAUUGACAAGUUCAGAGGAAAAACUGAUAUAUAUAACCCUACAAACUCAGAUCGAGAUUGUAGUCUGCUGAUCAAAAGCGUGGAUCCGUCUCACAAUGGAGAAAAAAUAUAUACAUGGAUUGACCCAGAAAAUAUUGGAUGGCGCACCUAUAAGUUUUAUGACGUCACCUCCACGAUUAUUGUUGACACAAAUCCACAGCAGCCCAUCAUCAAUAUUUACGGAGACGCCAAGACCGGUGACAACAUCACAGUAGCGUGUUACACCUACCACACCUGUCCGUACAGCAAACCAAACAUCAUUCUGAAGGGUAUUGAAGGAUCUGAUGUAAUAGAUGAUGUCCGUAUGGAAAAUGGUCAAUGGAAAACCACUUUGACACGCACCGGUGUUGUGAAGGCUGAACGCUCAAAUAUUGAGUGUAAUGUAACACAUCAUGGAGGCAUAACAGCAAGAGCUACAAAAUGUAAGUAAAAAAAUUAUACGCAUUAAAAGGCAUACAUCUGCCUCUGUUUUAUCUGUGUGUUAUUUUCAAAAAUUAUAUGUUCUGGAACAGAAACAUUUAUUUAAAAUAAUGGUAACCGGUUAAUGCCAUUAUUUUUUCGUUCUUUGACAAGAUUUCGGUGCAAUACUCGAUGAAGUUCAUUUUCGGCGUCGUUGACUCAUCAGAGAAGUGAGAAGCUUGCCGCCAGCAAGUAGCCAAGCCCAAGUCUGUAAUGCUCAAUCAUAAGAGGGAAAUAUUGUAGGCAACCAAGUAUCUCAAGAUGUUUGUUUUUUACUAAUAAGUGGUGAAACGGAUCGCAGUUGAUCCGGGAUCCGUACAGAUCACGACUCACGGUUCGGCUCGCAUGCGAUUCACGGAUUAAUAGGCAAAUUUAAAUAGGGUGAAAGUUGAUCAUUUGCACGUGUUUCAAAGGCUUGCAAAUGUUAAAGUGCCCAUCUUAUGACUGCUUUUCCACAAGUUAAAUAGGUGUAUGAGUUCCAUAAAGCAUGUUUCAAAAGUUGUUUGCUCAAAAUAGCUUGUAGGAAAAGAUUGUUACCCAUCUCUAGGAACCUCUGUUUCAGGGCAGUUCAGAUUGUGCCGUUUUGAGCUAGUCAUUACAUAUUUAUGAGCUGCUGCUCCUUUGAUCACGCCCCACUACUAACGUCAUGUGCGCGUGCAUAGUGAUAUCGUGAGCAGUACAGA